AUGAAAAGACCCGGUUUCGGUAUUCCGGAAAGUCUAUAUAUCGCCGGACGAAGGAAAUUCAGUCCUUUCGGCUCAACUCGGUGGCCGCACAUCUUACAUUGCUCGUGCAUUACAAGAAAGAUGGACAAGUUGCCAGCGUUUGGCCGCGAUGUAUUCGCUGCGUCGGUACCAACCUUUCAGAUAUUUGGAGACCUCUUGCGACGCCCGGAACGUUUGGCAUUACUGAACAGUAUCCCAAGAGAGGUGCAUCGGUUCGGCCACCAUGAACGACAAACUCUCGACCUAUAUCGAUCUUCACACAAAAGUCAACGUAGAAGCAUCUUUAUUUUUAUUCACGGCGGCGCCAAUGUCAGCGGUGGAAGCAUUGCGCCAGAGAUCAAAGGCGAGGUUGUGUACAAAGGUCUAGGUUACUUCCUGGCGGAAGAACUAGGAUACGACGCAAUCAUCAUCAACUAUCGUCUGCUGCAGCACGGCGCGGUUUUCAACACCGGUGGGGAGGAUCUCGAUCUCGUCAUCAGAUGGGUUACGGAAAACCUUUGUCUCGAAGGUGAGAAGCGGGAUAUGGUUGUCAUGGGCAACUCAGCUGGUGGUUUGCAUCUGGCUUCAUGGCUAUUCGACGAGGCAUUCACAAGCUCAACACAGCGGGUAUUGGAACCUUCGGCAAAGCUUCAUCUAAGAAGGGCGAUUAUUCUGAGUUCUACAAUGCUUGCGGACCCGGACAAUGAGUUCGUAGCGCCUAUGGUACCUAAUUUGUUGAGAUACUACAAGACCAGGGAGAACAUCGUUCAAAACGCGCCAUUGAAUCUAAUGCGCCGGAAGUUUGGUCGUCGCUCGGCCGACAAAGAUGGCGGCAGUACCAUGCUUCUCCCACAUUUGCUGUUGGUUGCCGCGGAGUAUGAUCCCAUCUUUCUCAUCGAGACAGAGAAGACAUUAAUGACUGAGUGGAAAGAGCUUGGCGGGCAAGCCGAAUACUGGGAGCUUCAGGGCCAUAAUCAUCUCAGUCCACCACUUGCCUUGGGUACAGGGGACAAGGCUGCUGAAGCCUGGGGAUUUGAGCUUGCUAAACGACUCUCCGAUAUAUCACCGUAG